AUGUAUAUAUAUAUAUAUAUUUAUAUAUAUAUUUAAUUUAUUCUAUUUUUUUGUUUUUUUUAAUUUAAUUUUAUUUAAAUAAUAGCUAAAGUUAAUAAUCAUAAGCAAAAUUAGAAGAAAAGGAUAUUUUCAUAUAUAAAAAAGAAGGCCAAAAACUUGAUUUAUAAGAUCUUAAUAAUACUAACUAAACAGAAAUAAAAAAAUAUUAAAUUAUUAUACCUUCAUGUUCUAGAUGGUAAAAAGAAUUUUUUAUUUUAUUUUAAAUAUUAAUAUAAAAAUAGGUUAGAUUUAGAUAAAAUACAUUAAAUAGAAAAAGAGGCUUUACCUGAAUUUUUUUAAGGAAAACCAUCAAAAACGCCUGAAAUAUAUAAAAAAUACAGAAAUUUUAUUAUUAUGUUAUACAGAGAAAAUCCCCGAAAUUAUAUAACAGCAACAGCCUGUAGAAAAAAUUUAGCAGGAGAUGUUUGUUCUAUAUUAAGAAUUCAUGCUUUUUUGGAACAUUGGGGUAUAAUUAAUUUCAGUUGUGAUCCAAAAUAAAAUAGUUAAUCAAUUUUGCUUUAAAAACCUUCUUUAGGCAAUUAAUCUUUAUAUAAAUUUGCUGAACAAUAAAAACAUUUGGAAUUAAAUGGAAGUAUAAAUUAAGAAAAUAAUGAAUAUGAUUUAAUUAUUAAUUCAGUUAAAAUUUUAUCUAAAAACUACAGACCUAUAUGUGAUUUUUGUGGUAUAAUUUGUGGUUUUGUAUGGUUUUAAUAAAAAUAAAUUUAAGAAAACUAUCCUGGAAUGAUUUUAUGUGUAAAAUGUUAUACAGAUAAUAACUACCCUAAUAUUUUAAGUGAUAAAGAUUUCGAUAAACAUGACAUAAUAAAUAAAUUAUAAUAAUAAUAAUAAAUGUAAAAUUCUGAGCUUAAAUAAACAAGUAAACCCUGGACAAAUGAAGAAACAUAUAAAUUACUAGAACUUAUAGACUAACAUUAAGAUAAUUGGGAUACUAUAAUGUAAAGUAUAUCUAAUAGAUCAAGGGAGGAAAUCAUUUUGCAUUUUUUAAAAUUGCCAAUAUAAAAUAUAACUAAAGUGAACUUAUUCUAAAAUGAUAGCAAUUAAUAGAAAAUAGGAAAAUAUCCAUACGAAACAAUAUGUGAAGAAGAUCCGAAUAUUUUUUCUGAUUAUUCAAAUCCUAUAAUAUAACACGUAUAUAUAUAAAUAAUAUAAAUAAUACAAAUAUAUAUAUAUAUAAAUAUAUUUAUUUUUAAUUUUAUAUAUAAAUAUAUUUAUUUUUAAUUUUAUAUAUAAAUAUAAAAAUAAGGUUGCUUUAUUUAAAAGUUUAUUAGACAAAUACAAAAAACAACAAGAAUAUGA